AGGCGACCUCUUCAGGUACUCACAUGCAAUGGAAUACGCCACAUGCAAUUCGCGAAUGCUCGCAGUCUCGCUCGCUUGCUCAGUUGCGCUGACUAUGGACGCGAGAUUUGUGUGAAAUUUGCAGUUAUGGCGAAGGACGAUGAGCAGGGCAUUCUGUGGAGGCUGCCCAAGGUGCACAGCAAGGGCGGGGGCAAGCUUGGCCCGGCCUUCGGCUAUGGUAUCGGUUGCGGGAUCGGCCUCGGUGCGGGCAUCGUUGGAGAUUCGCUGAUUUUUACUCUUGGAGUCCCUUUAAUGCGCGUUCAUAUCGCUUGUGUAGUUUUUGCGGGUGCUGUUUCUGUGAAGAGACCAGUUGUUUUUACAAUCCGUUCCAUGAAGGUUUCCUACGAUCAUUAUGUAGCGCCGAAAGAGAGGGUUUGUUCUACUGCCAUUGUGGAAUUUAUUGAUAGAGUCUUGAUUAGAAUCAACUGUUAGGUGCAUCGCUUCAUCUGUGAGUUGAGAUUGUAUACACGAUUCGUUUCGCGUCUAUCUAAAUUGAUUGAAUUGUUGACGAGGCGGCCUGUGGGAGAGAGUAGCUGGUCAAGCUCAUGCCGGGCUCGAAAAUUGUGUUUAGGCGAACCGCAGUAGGUUCUGAAAUCUUAUCCUCGGUAUUUGGUAACGGCUAUCAAAUCCUUUUCGGUUUUCCAGCUAGUUUGAAACAAUUGGUCAGUGCAUGAGUUUCGACGCGGAGUCUUGGAACGCAAAUCGAAGGAUUGCUGCAAUUGUGCUGUGAUUCGCCACACCUUCUAUUGUUUUAUGGUUGUAAAGACUAUACUGUCAUCUUCUUUCGCCUGUAAACUUGGCCAAUCCAUAUUGGUGCCAGCUUUAGUUGUUCCCGUGUUUAUGGAUUCUGCAUGUCUUGAUGCUCAUAUUAUUUAGGUAUCACAUGUUACAAAAUGAUUCAGCAUGUCAUUCGUGUCAUAGCUUGAUCUCAUGGUGCUUCUAUUAUUUCGCUCUCCUUAUCCAGCAGUACUCUUAUUGCCAAGCCUGCACAAUUCUCACACUGUGUUACAACUUUUCGUCUGCAGGGGCUGGAAUUGGGUUAGGUUUCCCUGGUUUGCAAGUCGGAUUUGGAGUAGGAGCAGGGUGUGGUGUGGGAGUUGGAUUUGAUUACGGUUUGGGCAUAGGUAGAGCUUACGACGAUAGCGGCUCAUACAGUAACGUGGGAAUGCUCCCCAAGCGCAGCAUUGCUGAUUCUCGCGGUGCUAUGAUCGGAGCUCUUCUUGACGAUUUAGUUUCUGGCGUGAAGCGAGCACUUGGCAGCAUUCAGAACGAUAAUGGAAAGAGGAGACGAUAAUUAUUUUUUGUAUCAUGGUUUUGUCACAUUUGUUCUAUUAUUGUUGCAACUAUAUUCGCCUUCGUACAGAUCGUCAGCAAGGCUACAGAUAACUCGGAAGCGCUGCAAGUGGAAUUGGGUAUGACUUGCUGCAUACGAAUGCCCAUGUAUAUACAGGGUCACUUCGUUUGAGACCUACCCAUUUUGGCACUGUCACUUCACAUUAUUUUCAGGUGUCCGAUUCGCUGUGUCAAUAGCUAUUGGUACUGCAGCAUCCCGCCCAUCGUCUUUUGCAUGCUUCUAAAGUAAUUCCUUGGUUGUUAA